AUGGAGAGAGAAAGAGAGAGGGAUAGAGAGAUCACUGGCUGUGUUUUGCAAUCCGAGUUGUAUUUUUCAUUGAUGUUUUCACUAGCCACCCACACGCCGUUCAAUCGCUCGCUCGCAGGGCGCUGCUACGAACGGGCGAUUUGGGGGCAUGAGCUGAUGCUGUAUUCUGGUGGCGGCUGGGCCAGUGAGACUCAUAUGUCAGGAUUUGUCCAUGCUGCUCGGAGCAUGGGGAUGAUUUCGCAGGAGAUUGCAGCGUCCGUGCCACGUCUUUUGCUGGUGGAGCGGCGGAAUAGCAGUGCCUGGGGACGAUGGAUUGACAAUUUCGCGGAUGUGCAUGCAACCGCGACAACCUGGAUGGCGGACCAUCCCGCUCUGGUGAGCGCUGUGGAAGUGGCUGAUUUGGCCGAGCUGACUUGGCUGGAGCAGUUACGAUUGGCUGCACGCGUGAGGCUGAUGUUUGGAGCCCACGGAGAUGGAUUGAGCUGGUCGGUCUUCAUGGGCGCAGGUUCUGCGCUGUUGGAAGCGGUGCCAGCAAGAGAGGCUGGAUUCCAGGCUCCCAGCGUUGAAGGCAUGAAUUCCAAUCCUUUUGGAAUCUUUGGUGGAGUUGCACGCCUGGCGAAUGUUGCGCACUUUUGCUUCCUGAAUGAUGCUUCGCAGGUCCUUGCAUUUCAAUCGGAUGAAAAGGACCUGUUUCAAUGGGGUUGGAGGCAGCUGAACUUACACAUUGACCUUUUGAAGUUUCGCCGUCUUCUCAGUGUACCUUCCCGGGUCCUCACACCUCUGGGCGACACCGUUGAGCACAUCCAGGAUGGACCUCCGGUGUCCUCGCAGUCCGAAGCCGCGCGGGCCUUCGUGACGAAGUUCUUGACGAAGAAAGAGGGCUCCGUGCUGCGGGCAUGGAUGCAGCGCCUGGAUCCGGAGUGGGAGCGCACGGUCACCGAACAACGCUUCAUGCGUUACAUGCGUGACAUACGAUGUCCACGGGAUUCCAUUGCCUUGUUCGGGCAGUUGGAUGCGGAUGGUGGAGGUGAGCUGUCCCUCCAGGAAUUGGAUGAGGAUGCAGCGCUGCUCUUUUAUCGCUUUCAGGAAUUCUGUGUGGCGAAAUUUCGCCGCGGUGUUGAGGAGUUCAUGCGAAAUGUGGGCGAGUGCGAUGCUUGGGAUCCGUAUGACGAGGUGAACAUCACCUUUGAGUUUCCCUGGGAAUUGAGGCAGUUUCAGACCGCCUUACAGUCCCAUGGCUGGCACUAUGGUCAAGAAGAAGAACUUUUUGAUGCGCUGAGCUCAGACAAGGAGUACAUCCGAGCGGAGGAUAUGAAGUGGCUCGGUGUGGAGCUGCGGCGCUUCUUGCGCAAGGAAAAGGCGCGGCAGAUGGCACUUCAGGAGCAGCGGCUGAAAGAAAGAAAGUCAGUGAUUGACCCCAACAAAUCGCUUUUGGAGCUCAAGCUGAUGCUAAAGAGGAAGUUUGGGGGUUCAUUGGUGCGAGCCUGGCGGCGUGUUUUUGCCAAUCGAGAGACGCUUUCGAUGCAAAAGCCACAGUUUGUCAAAGCGUGUGCUGAGCUUGGGUGGCGGAAAGAUGUGAGAUCCAUGUGGUACCUGCUGGACAAAGACAACAAUGGGUGUGUGACCUUGGAGGAGUUUGACUACGAUGGCGCACAGGCGCUUGCGCGCUUCAGUAAGUUCCUCAUGCAGAACUACAAAAGUGCUGAGAUGGCAUUCCGAAUGCUGGAUGUCGAUGGCAAUCUCUAUGUCCCUAGGGACGAGUUUAUUGCAGCUGCUGGCCGGAUGGGCUUUGAAAGCUCUGCGCCGUUGUUGUUCACGGCCUUCGACCUGAACAAUGCGGGGAGGAUCUAUGAAGAGGACAUGCGGUUUCUGGACCGGUGGAAGCCGAGAGCCUUCCUGACCGCGGAUCCCAAUGAAGCGGCAGCGCAGCAAGUGAAAACCAGGCUUCUCAAGAAAUAUGGUACCUACCUUCGAGCAUGGAAACUGUCGUUGGACCGAACUGGAGACAACAGAUGCACCUGGGAUGAGUUCCGGGAUGCCUGCAAAGAAGUUGGCUGGCAUGACGAUGUCGCAGGUGCAUGGUGCGCACUAGAUGUUCAACGAUCUGGACGCCUCACCCUCCAGGAUGUUGAUCCCACUGCUGGAGAAGCUCUGACGGAGUUUCGAGACUGGGCCGUGGAGCAGUUCGGCAGCGUCAAGACGUGCUUUAUGGUUUUGGAUGACGAUGGCUCCAAUGAAGUGACGCCCUUUGAAUUCAAACAGGCAUGCCGAGCUUAUGGGUUCUCGGGGCCCGCCAAGCUGGCAUUCAAGGCGUUGGAUACCAACAACAAGGGCGUGCUAUCUGCUGAUGAUGUGGCUUUUCUGGACGAGUGGGCCAGCAGGCGGCUUUUCUCGAGGGUAUCCAAACACCAAAUUCACCGCAAAAGACCAGGUCUUUGA